UGGGAGCUGAAGAAGUCUCUGUGAUGUCAAAGAAGACCAGUUAAUGUUUCCUAUAGUUCAGAAAAUCAUUUAAAUCCAGUAAUGUAAAUUAAGACCAUCUUAUACAAUGCCAUCUUCUAACUGAGGAAUGAAAGAUGAAAAUGAAAUCUAGUCAGAAGAAUGUGAUUGAAGACAGUAAGCAAAUAUCUCUUCUAUUUUGCUCAUCUAGAAUUGUCAUAUUCUAUUCUAAUGUUUCUUUUUCCAUCUUUUUCUUCAGAUGUCCUUCCUAGGUUUUCUUUCUGCUUUCCUGAAAAUUACAAAAGAGACAAUCAACCCUCCUCUCUCCAAAAAACUAUUUUUAUAAUGAAUCACAAAAACUGUGUUUAUGUAGAAUGAGACCUUCAUGUUACAGGAUGAUCUAUGGAGUAAGAAAAAAUAUUAUUGUUUGAUCUUGCCAUAAUGUUCUAUUAAUUUGUUUUCCUUGCCCUUCCAUAGGUUUUUUUUUCCAGAUUGAAUAUCUCGUACCUUUUACAACUUGAAUUUAAUAAGUCUGAGUUACAUUAAUGAGUUAAAUUAAAUUAAGGGUUUCAAGAAAACAUUGGACAACCAUUUGUCUGAAAUGGUAUAGGAAAUGGACUAGAAGACUACAAAGUCCUUUCCAACUCUUUUAUUCUUUUAAUGGAAGGACUGUCAGAAAUGUGGCCAGAAAUGGAAAACGACACAACUGUGUUUCUUCUCUUGGAAUUCUCAAAGAUAUGGGAAAUUAAGAUUAUGUAUUCAACUUUCUUCCUGCUAUUAUAUUUAAUGACAAUAACAGGAAACUUUUUGAUCAUCUCUGCAGUUGCUUUGGACUCCCACCUUUAUACCCCCAUGUACUUUUUCCUGAUGAACUUAGCUCUGCAAGACAUUGGUUCUGUUUCAGUCAUCAUUCCCAAAGCUGUUUUUAAUUUACUGAUGAAUAUCAGGUAUAUUUCCUAUUCUGGAUGUGUUGCUCAAGUCCUCUUCUUUGUUUUCUUUCUGGGUUGUGAUAUUCCCCUUCUUACUGUCAUGGCAUAUGAUCGGUUUGUUGCCAUUUGCCAUCCUUUGCGAUAUGAAAUGAUAAUGAACAAAAGGGCCUGUACUAAAAUGGUUGGCAGUGUGUGGAUUGUCAGCUUCAUUAAUGCUGGGCUGCAUACUAUUGGAACUUUCACUAAUAAUUUCUGCUCUAAUACAAUCAAUCAGUUCUAUUGUGAAAUCCCACAAUUACUUAAGUUUGCCUGCUCAGAUACAUAUGUAAUUGAAAUUGGAUAUAUAAUAUUUAUUAUGAUAUUAGUAUUUGGUUGCUUUAUCUUCAUCACUGUUACUUAUGCACAGAUCUUCUCUGUUGUUUCAAGAAUCCCUUCUGUUCAGGGAAGGAAAAAGGCCUUCUCUACUUGUUUUCCCCACAUCACUGUUUUCUCCAUAUUUUUGGUUGCCUCCUCAUUUGCUUAUCUGAUUCCUCGACCUGACAAACCAUCACACUUUGAUUUCACUGUUACAAUAACCUAUUCCAUUAUUCCAUCCAUGUUGAACCCAUUAAUCUACAGCAUGAGAAACAAGGACAUCAAAGUUGCUCUUUCAAAAAUGUUUUCUUUGAGGAUAUUUGGAAAGUGAGGUCCCAGAAAUGGAAUAAAAAAAUUAAAAGAAAUAUUUAAUUUAAACUUCAUUCCCAAGGUUUUGCACUUUUAUAAUCUUACAUGAGUAACCUUACUUUAG